AUGGUCAAGGUGAUGAAGGGCUUACCAACUUUGAAAAAGUUGAUUGAGGAGGCUAUUGAGAAGGCUGAAAAGUCCCUCCAAGCCGAAAAAGAUAAACUUGAAUGCCCUGUUAAGUAUAAGGGAAAUGAGUCCACUUGCCAGUAUUUUGGUAAGCUGAUUAAGGAAGCUGAAAAACCUGAAAAUAACCAGAAAUCUAAUAAUGCGUCAAAUUUAGAGCUAUAUAAAACUGCUGUAAAAUCAUGCUCCGAUUCCCACUCCCGUCGUUAUGACGAUGCUACUAAGAAAGCUUUGCAGGACAUUGACUCCAAGUUGGAGCAGGUUAAAAAGCUCAAAGAGAGUCUUACUGGAUUGACUGAAAAAAACAAUUGUAAAGACCUUUUAGAGAACCUCUGUUCCGGCCUCGAAAAAUUCCUCGGCUUCAACUCUGCUACCAAAGGCUACACCGGCACUGGGAUUGUGUACUCUGACCUUGAUAGGCUGUGCGACGGGGUGAUGGCGUUUUUGAGUGGUGUGCUUGAGGCGGUGAAAAACACUCAGACAUACAAUGUCGGUAAAAAUACAUUAAAUUCGGUAAGUGAUGAAAUUAACAAACAUCUUUGCUCAGGGCACGAGGGUUUUAAGAAGCUUUUCACCGUGUUGCCUGCUGGCAUCGCGGAGUAUAACAGGGAAGUGCAGCAGUCUAACAAUAGAGUUAGAAGCAUUGUAACUACAAUGCAGAGCAAUAUGCAGCAGCUUGAAAAUAAGGUGAGUGAAAUAACUAUAGUUAAUGCUGUUGCAGGUAAUUCCAAGCAAAUAGGACAAGCAGAACUGGCGGUUAAAGAGAGGUUGGGUGAGUGCUGGGAAUAUGCUGAGAGCUUCACAAAUGAUUUAGAUAUUAACACAAAUUCCAUUGAUAAUAGAAACGCGAUUAAUGAUCUUAAUAGUAGCUUACGUGAAAAGAUCGAAAAUGUACGUGUGACGAUAGAGCAUGAGACUAAGCGUCUCACUGAGCUGUCUAAGAAGGAACGUGAGGAGUUAACGGCGACGAAAGAUUUUUUAUAUGCAGAGAUAGAUGAGCUUAAGAAGCGUUUACAUACGACAAUUGAUAAGCAUAUAAAGGAUCUUGUGGAGCAAUUGAAAAAAUCAGUGAGAGAGAUUCUCGGUCAGCUGGAGAGCCUUGGCACUAGGUUUCGGGACCAUAUCGAAUCAUUACGCAAAUGGAUGGAGCAGGCGGAGAAUCUAAUAGAUGAUGCCGAAAAAAAUGUUGAUC